AUGGCUGACGCUCCCCGUGGAGGUGCCCGAGGCGGAUUCGGUUCGCGCGGUGAUCGUGGACGUGGUCGUGGCCGCCGAGGACGUCGUGGACCCAAGAGCGAGGAGAAAGAAUGGCAGCCAGUUACUAAACUCGGCCGCCUCGUUAAGGCCGGGAAGAUCACCAGCAUGGAACAGAUCUACCUGCACAGCUUGCCCAUCAAGGAAUAUCAGAUUGUUGACUUCUUCUUGCCCAAGUUGAAGGAUGAGGUUAUGAAGAUCAAACCUGUCCAGAAACAAACCCGCGCUGGUCAGCGCACCCGUUUCAAGGCUAUCGUUGUCAUUGGUGACUCGGAAGGCCACGUUGGCCUCGGUAUCAAGACAUCCAAAGAAGUUGCUACUGCCAUUCGCGCCGCCAUCAUCAUCGCCAAACUUAGCGUUCUUCCCGUCCGCAGAGGUUACUGGGGCACCAACCUCGGUGAGCCACACUCACUGCCGACCAAGGAGAGUGGAAAGUGCGGUUCAGUCACAGUUCGGUUGAUUCCUGCUCCUCGCGGUACAGGUCUCGUUGCCUCCCCUGCCGUCAAGCGCCUGCUUCAAUUGGCUGGUGUCCAGGACAUUUAUACAUCCUCCUCCGGCUCUACUAAGACUUUAGAGAACACACUGAAGGCUACCUUCGUCGCUGUCGCCAACACAUAUGGUUUCCUGACACCUAACUUGUGGAAGGACACGAAACUGAUGAGAAGUCCUCUCGAAGAAUUUGGCGAUGUCCUCCGGGAAGGAAAGCGAUACUAA